GCGGACGGGAGAUAUAUCAGGAAAUGUCUCUGUCUUGGAGGACUCUGAAGUUUGUAACCCCGAAGCGGCUGGCAAGUGUUGUAGCAGGUGCAGGUGGCCUGGUAUGCGCACAGACAGCGUAUCUACAAUCUACCUACGUACCUUUACCGCGGCCUUCGGGUGGGGCAACCCAUGGGGUGGAGCUCUGGCAGGAGAGCAAUGCAGACCAGCACUCGUCAUUUUCUGAGGAACAGUCGCUGGUCGAAAGGCUAAGAAGCACGAGAGAAGUCUCGACCAGGCGGAGGAAUGUUCUCAUCAUAGGCGAUUCCCUGGUUGUUGGUAUUGGCUGCAAGGAAGCUCCGGUGAUGCCCCAGAUCAUCUGUAAGAGGCUGGCCAACCUCCUCAAGGUGGAUGUUUCGUGGAAGGCUCUGGGAGUGAAUGGUGGGGAUGUAAGAACGAUUCACAAGAAUGUUCUCGAGACAGUCAAGAAGUUCCAGAGCGAGCAAGAAGACGCACUGCACAGCACUGCACAGACUUCUGGUUUGCAUGCAAGCAUGGUCGUUCAGCAGGAUGGCUCUCCUGUUGCAACGACUAGGUCAAUGGCAGAUGCCCAGUUGUCGAAGCAACCACAAGUGAAGGUUGAUGCCGUCGUUGUUCUGUGCGGGUUGAACGAUCUGAAACGAAUCUUCAUGGGAAGGACCUCGAAAGUUUUCAAGCAGGAUCUUCACAAUUUCAUUGCUGAUCUCAAGGCACAGGGUGGGGGAAGAGUGUAUCAUUUUUUUGCCGGCUAUCCCGCUGGAAGAAACUAGAUUACCAGAGCCGUUGAAGACGGCUGCAGUUCGCCUUUCGCAGAUUUUUGACGAAGAAAAGAGAUGCAUGGCGACACAGCAGCCUUGGAUCCAUUUUAUCCCGAAACCUGCAAUCGAGAUUUGGAGGAAAGCAAAGGAAAGAUGCGGAGAGAUCGUUGCAGGAGACGGUGUUCAUCCCAACGAGGAAGGUUACAAGGUCUUUGCCGAGUACAUCGGGCAGGAGAUGGC